AUGACCUCGGAAAUCACAAACCAGCUAGCAGCCGCUCGGCUGAGCGACGCUCCCUCGACAGAAGCACAUUGGAAAGACGGAUUGAAGGCGCCCGUAAAAGACGCGCGGCCACAGACUGAGGAUGUCACGGCAACAAAGGGCCUCGAAUUCGAGGACUUCUUCAUCAAGCGCGAGCUGAUGAUGGGCAUAUUCGAGGCGGGCUUCGAGAAGCCAUCGCCCAUCCAGGAAGAGACAAUCCCAGUAGCCCUUACUGGACGAGAUAUUCUUGCGCGAGCGAAGAAUGGCACUGGAAAGACUGCCGCCUUCGUCAUCCCCACACUCGAGCGCGUAAACCCAAAGAGCCCCAAGACGCAGGCAUUGAUCCUCGUCCCCACCCGAGAGCUCGCUCUACAAACCUCACAAGUAUGCAAGACGUUGGGAAAACAUCUUGGCAUCAACGUUAUGGUGUCGACGGGUGGAACUGGUCUCAAGGACGACAUUAUCCGUCUUAGCGAACCAGUCCACAUCAUUGUUGGCACACCAGGUAGGAUCUUGGAUUUGGCGGGCAAGGGUGUCGCCGAUUUGUCCGCUUGCCAGACAUUCGUCAUGGAUGAGGCCGACAAGCUUCUGUCGCCAGAGUUCACGCCUGUUGUCGAGCAGCUUCUCGGUUUCCACCCCAAGGACAGGCAGGUCAUGCUCUUCAGCGCUACCUUCCCAAUCGUGGUGAAGAGCUUCAAGGACAAGCACAUGAACUCUCCAUAUGAGAUCAAUUUGAUGGACGAACUAACCCUUCGUGGUAUCACGCAAUAUUACGCUUUCGUCGAAGAGAAGCAGAAGGUGCACUGCUUGAACACCCUCUUCAACAAGUUGCAAAUCAAUCAGUCCAUCAUUUUUUGCAACUCCACGAACCGUGUUGAGCUUCUUGCAAAGAAGAUUACCGAGCUUGGAUACUCUUGCUUCUAUUCGCAUGCGCGUAUGCUUCAACACAAUCGAAACCGCGUCUUUCACGACUUCCGCAAUGGUGUUUGCCGAAACUUGGUCUGCUCUGAUUUGUUGACUCGAGGUAUUGAUAUUCAGGCCGUUAACGUCGUCAUCAAUUUCGACUUCCCCAAGAACGCUGAGACCUACCUGCAUCGUAUCGGUCGUUCUGGUCGAUUCGGUCAUCUUGGUCUGGCUAUCAAUUUGAUCAACUGGGAAGAUCGAUUUAACCUGUACCGCAUUGAGCAAGAACUCGGAACCGAGAUUCAGCCCAUCCCUCAAGUCAUUGAGAAGAACCUCUACGUCUACGAAUCUCCCGAGUCAAUUCCUCGUCCUAUUUCCAGCUCGCAGUACAACCCAGGUCAGGGUCAGCAAGAUCAGGACGGCACCGUUGCGCGAGGUAACCCUGGCCAGAAUGCUCGACAAAACUUUCGCGGUGGGCGAGGCGGCGGUGGCCAGUUUCAGCAAGGACAGCGCCGGGGCCCCCCACCUAACCAACAAAACCAGCAGAACCAGCCACCCCGCCAGAACGGCCAAAACCCCCAGCGGAACAACAGGCCGCCACCUGCUGGACCACUUUAG